UAUUCUACUUGAGGUUGCCAGGGCCUUUGAUUUAAGGCGCACCAGAAUGAAGCUGAAGCAUGGGUCAUUUCUGUGGUACCUCUAUCUGGACAAACUGUACUGCUUGCUGUCUGUGAGAAAUGUGCGGGCCUUGAUGGAAUAUUUUCACCUCCUUGACGUACACCGUAACAACACCUUGAAUGAUGUGCUGUUCUACCACCUCCUCCAACAUGUGACGGACUUGAAACGGACACAGAUCAUGACAAUCUUCGACAUGCUGGACUGGAACGCUAUGGGCGAGAUUGGUUUUGACCAGUUCUACAUGCUGGUUUGCAUCCUGCUGGCACAGGAGAACCACCUGGAAGAACAGUUCAUCUUCCGCCAUUGCCGCCCUGUGUUUGAGUUGCUGGACGUAGACGGGGAGCGGAGAGUUGGUGUCAACACCUUCAACACAUACGGCUUUCUCUUCAAUAUUAAUAAACAGGAACUCAGAGAGCUCUACCAUGACUUUGACGUCACAGGGGACCGUCGCCUUAAUUACAAGGAAUUUAAGCUGUUUACUAUCUUCUCCUUGGACAAAUACCAGAAAAGGCAGAAAGCAGAGAAGAAAGAGAAAGAAAAAAGUACCUUCAGAAGGAAACUAUCACAAAUUAAUGCAAGCUUAAUUGGAUUAACUGUACCUCAAAGUAGACCAAAGUAAUUACAUCUGUUAAUGUAUAAAAAUAAAGUUGAGACAUUGAAGUGGACAUCUUUACACUAACCUUCACCUGCAAAGCAUUCACAUCCGGUUUUUAACUUUAAUAAACAAUGGCUUCACAUGAAUCACAAUA